AUGUUAACCUCACCACCAAAUAGGUCCACUGGCACGCAGGACAUAUCAGUGGAGUCUGACUCUCCAUUUAGGGCUUCCAAUACUCUGCCUGAGAGUUCGGAUCCGCGUGUCUCUUUCACUCUACCCUCUAAUGUUCAGCCCUCUCGUGCUGAUUGUUUUGAUCAACUUUUCGUCUCUCACUUCAUCGAAUCAUUCGGUCACCUAAAGGAACCGGAUCCUGGCGUCCCUUCUCCAGUUUGGCUUGAUGAACUCCCGAUUAUACUUUAUUCGCCUGUGCCAUCCUUGGUCAAGUUUUCGAUCCGUGCCGGAUCAAUGCUGUCUUACGGGACGCAGGCUCAGGACAUUUCGAUACAGACAGAAUCCCACAGGUGGUACGCGAGAUCUCUCCGGGAUUUACGUUCGCUGUUGCAACGAAGCGUCUCACCGCAGGAGAGAGCUACACUGCUUACCGAGGAUGUACUUUGCGCCGUUGUAAUGCUGAUUCAUUUUGAGACCAUGGCUGGAACAAGUCCUACCGCUUGGGUUCAACAUGUGGAGGGUGCGGCGGUAAUACUAGAGGCUCGAGGUCCUGAGAAUUGUCGACUAGGAUUUAUGAAUCAGCUGUUUCGCCAUGUUAGACUUCAAGCGACCCUUGCGGCAAUAGCUCAAAGCAAAACCCCCCACUUUGGGUCACCCCGAUGGAUGUCUAUUCCAUUCGACGUCAACCCAAAGAGUGUUUUUGAUGAUUUCGUCGAUACUCUGCUCCUGUUAACACAAUGCCUAUUCGUCGCUGAAGAGUUGAUAGAACAUCGAGAUGCGACAAGCAUCCAGAUGGAAGAGUUAAAGGCACUGGUAGAGUUGACCACAUCCCGAAUAGAUAGUCUGAGAUCGCAUAGUGUCUUCUCGCUCAGAUCCACCGAUGGAAGCCCAAAUAUGCCCCCCGGUGUGGCUCUUGAAUCCAUGGAUCCUUUUCACCGGAUUCAAGUGGAACAUCCUGGGGAAGACAGCUACCCAAACAUAGGGAGAGUGUCCCUCAAGGCGUUGUACGAUGCCGCCUGUGUUAUGAUCCUCUCUCUCUCUUCUCUCGUGUUAGAAGCGGCAGAUACGUACAGAGAGCGCAUCAGGCGACAUGCACAGUCAAUCAUAUCUGCUAAUGAGUUAAUCAAUGGAAAUACCAAUGGAAUAAUUGACCGAGGAUCCAUAAUGAUGCUCUUUCCCCUGACGAUUUCCAUCUCCAGCGAACAGCAAAUAUGCCUUCCUAGCGAGUAUCGGGAAGAGGGUAUAUCGUCAUCUAUCAGAGAUCUCACCGAAAGGGGGAACGCAGGGACUCUACGAGCUCCUUUGUAUCCCAGCAAAUCGACCUCAGAAGACUUCCUAGAGGGAAUUAACUCUCCGAACUAUGUUACAUCGGUGCAACAAGUACUGCGCUAG